AUGACGUGGCACCCUUACCACAAGCACAAAUACAGUCAGCAAACAGGUCCCAUGACCGCGUUGCAAGAGCAGCCCCACCCCGGACACCCCGUGGCCGCGGAACCGGCCGUUCCCGCGUUCCCAAUACGGGGAUCCAAAAUGGGAACGAUCGGAGAGCGUCACACUGUUCCCACACUUCCCCGCCACCAUGCGGUCCGCCACGUCGGUCUAAUCAGAGUAUUUUUCAGCAAUUACGCAGUGAACAAGCAGCAAUCUGUGAUCUUCUUCCUCUUAUUUGCAUUUCGUGGAACUGGCGUAGCACUUACGAUGGCAUUUAACGCAAUGGUUGCAACCUCCAGCGCCUCCAGCGCCUCCGCCGUCGCUUUCGUGGUGCCCUCCUACGACCCGGAGUGUUGCAAGACUUCCACGUUUGGAGCCAUGUGCUUGUCACCUGUGGCUUUGAGAUCUGGAACAGUUAAGGCCAAUGCCACAAUUCGUGCCAGCGCUGCGGAGGUAACUCCAAUCUCCUCAUGCAUUGCAUUGCAGCUUGGUUUUGAUGGUGCUCGUAGGAGUUUUUACAUAGGCAGUCAGGCAAGCCAUGGUUGGAAUUCUGGCCGCAGGUGCAAUAAUGGUAUCUGGAGUGCCUGCGUUGCUUUGACUGGUCCUGGUGGCGAUGGUGCUGCUACUACCGCCAAGGAGGCCGAUGUCCUUCUCGACCGCGCAGAUAAUUUGACCAAGAACGAUUCCCCUCAGAGAUUUGGAGGCGGGUUGAAGAAUGCAGGAUCAACAGCCAAGCAAGCCGGUUCUGCAGCCUCAUCGAACGUAGAGGACAUUGCAGACGCAGCAGUGAAGAGUGCCAGGGACAACCUGAACAGGGCCAAGGCAAGCUUCGGUGACCUUAUGGGGAAGGGCAAUAGCAAGGUGAGGGGCAAGAUUAGCGAUGCCUCCACCAGCACUUCCAACCAGACCUUCCAAUUAGGUGAUGCGUCCAUCGUCGUGAAUGUCGCCAAGAUGAAUGCAUCGACUGCUGUGGACAAUGCCAAGGAUGCCCUCAGCGUAUUAGGCGACAAACUAACUGGGAAUGACGCCAACAAUGAAGCCUCCAAUGUACAGAGCAAGGCCAGCAGCGCAAUCAGUGGUGCCAAGAGCAACCUUCCCUCUAUUCCUUUCUCUUCCCGAGAAGAAGGCCGGCCAGAAGUUUUAGAUGCGUGCAGAGCUCUUAAAACAUAGCAGUGUAAUCUACUCAAAAUGUACACAUGAAUUGUUGCAGGAUGAAGAUUAUUAGCCUUUCCACCCCCGUGUAGGUAAAAGGAUUUACUUCAAGUCCUCAAUGUCUAAAGUAUGUACAAUUACGAACAGGAUAUGGGUAUUUUUUUAUUUUUUUAUUUUUUAAUUCUUUAUCAAGCAGAUUUUGUUUUGGGA